CUUGCUUAAGCUGGUGGAAAGAUCACAGGAGGUCUUGCAGGAGAAAGUGAAACAUGUUUCUUCUGUUCCUUGGAAGUCUGUUUCUGCGUCUCCAUUUGGGGCAUGGACAGUUCCCCAGAGCCUGCACUUCACCUGAAGUCCUCUUAAGCAAGGAGUGUUGUCCAGUUUGGUCUGGAGAUGGUUCCCCGUGUGGAGAGCUGUCUGGUAGGGGGACCUGUCAAGAUGUCCUGCUGUCUAAUUCCACUUCUGGUUCCCAGUUUCCCUUUAGUGGGAUUGAUGACAGAGAAAACUGGCCUGUUGUAUUCUACAACAGGACUUGUCAAUGUCAAGGUAAUUUUAUGGGAGCCAACUGUGGUGAGUGCAAAUUUGGCUUUAUUGGUCCAAACUGCACUCAAAGGAGGUUGAUGAUUAGGAAGGAGAUCUUCAAGAUGACCACUGCUGAGAGGAACAAGUUCAUUGCUUACCUCAACUUGGCCAAGCACACCAUCAGCCCUGAUUAUGUGAUAGCCACGGGUACCUACUCUCAGAUGAACAAUGGAUCCAAUCCCAUGUUUGCAGAUAUAAACGUGUAUGAUCUGUUUGUCUGGUUGCACUACUAUGCUUCCAGAGAUGCCUUCCUAGGAGAGGGCACAGUUUGGAGGGACAUAGACUUUGCCCAUGAAGCCCCAGCCUUUGUCCCGUGGCACAGGUUUUUCUUGCUCCAUUGGGAGCAUGAGAUUCAGAAGGCUACUGGGGAUGAGAACUUCACCAUCCCCUACUGGGACUGGAGGGAUGCAGAGCAGUGUGAUAUCUGUACAGACGAUCUUAUGGGGGGCAACCAUCCCACCACCCCUGGCAUUCUCAGCCCUGCAUCCUUCUUCUCAUCUUGGCAGGUUGUGUGCAGCCAAUCUGAGGAAUACAAUAGUCUUAGGACAUUGUGCAACGGUACCGACGAAGGGCCCAUAAUUCGAAAUCCUGGGGGACAUGACAGAACCAGGACCCCUAGGCUGCCUACAUCCGCUGAGGUCGAGGCGUGCCUGGCACUGACGGACUACGAAACUGGACCCAUGGAUAGAUCUGCCAACUUUAGCUUCCGGAACACUUUGGAAGGUUUUGCGGAUCCAUUGACCGGAGUCUCGGAUCGGUCGCAGAGCACUCUGCACAAUUCGUUGCAUGUUUUUCUGAACGGCUCCAUGUCUCAGGUUCAGGGAUCCGCUAAUGACCCUAUUUUUCUCCUUCAUCAUGCGUUUGUGGACAGCAUAUUUGAACAAUGGCUUAGAAGACACCAGCCUUCGUUAACGAUUUACCCAGAAUCCAAUGCACCAAUUGGACACAACCGAGGAUAUUAUAUGGUUCCAUUUCUUCCGUUAUAUACAAAUGGAGAAUUCUUUGGCCCGUCAAGAGAUUUUGGAUACGAGUAUGACUACCUAUCGGAAUCCGGAUCCAUUGAAGACUUCCUGAUGCCGUACCUUGAGCAAGCACGGCAGAUUUGGCAAUGGCUUGUGGGAGCUGCAGUAGUCGGUGGCUUAAUUACUGCUGUAAUUGCCACGAUAGUUGGCUUGGCGUGUCGGAGAAAGAAGAAGGGGAUGUCUGAAGAAACGCAACCUCUUCUCAUGGAAGCAGAAGAUUAUCAAAGCACCUACCAAUCAAAUCUAUAAAACCGAUAUCGGCUGAGUUUACAUAUAAAUCCACCCCUUUUAAUCUGAAUUUGAUUGUGUACUAUAGGGUACGCAUUUAUGUCCAGCAAAGGGGGGUAUAUAGUAUUUGUCAUGCAGGAUAUUAUUUUAUAGAAUUUAAAUCUCAGUUUAGUAAACUAUGCGGAGAACCAGUAUUAACUCGUGGGUGCUAAAAUGUCAGGGAGGUUAUUCAAGUUGAAGGGGUUAAUUAUAAUGUGCAUUACAUUAUGUACUUUUUAUCAAUAUAUUACAAAAUAUAUGAAAUGACCAGUAAUGUAUAUACUGUGUUUACCGAUGGCUGUGAUCUACAAGUAAACCCUUCUUUUUAUUUGGGAAGAAGUAUUGGUUUGUUUGAUGCUAUUGUCUGUACUACUGGAUCCUUAUUGGCCAAUAAAGUGACCAAUGGGUAUAAUAGAUGAGCAGAA